GAGUGUCUAUCCAAAGUGUAAACUUCCCGGCUAUAUAACACCCCUAAUCUCACUGCUUCUCCUCAUCUGGGUUCGAAUCAAUAAUCCACAAAAAUGAAUCUUUUUCAAUUUCUUUCUUGCUUCUGUCUUGCCUGCAUUUUUGUUCCUGCAAUUGGCUCUACUCUGUUAUUCCAGGGGUUCAACUGGGAAUCAAACAAGCAGCAAGGUGGUUGGUACAACUCGCUCAUCAAUUCGAUCCCGGAUUUGGCUAAUGCUGGGAUAACUCAUGUUUGGUUGCCACCACCCUCCCACUCUGUUGCUCCCCAAGGGUAUAUGCCUGGAAGGCUGUAUGAUUUGGAUGCAUCCAAGUAUGGAAAUAAGCAACAAUUGCAGGCACUGGUGGCGGCGCUUCACGACAAAGGGAUAAAGGCGGUGGCCGACAUAGUGAUAAACCACAGAUGUGCUGACUACAAAGACAGUAGGGGGAUUUACUGCAUCUUCGAAGGUGGCACGCCGGAUGAUCGCCUCGACUGGGGUCCGGGCCUCAUCUGCAAAGACGACACGCAAUACUCCGACGGCACUGGCAAUGCCGACACCGGUAUGGACUUCGGCGGCGCCCCCGAUAUCGACCAUCUUAACCCCAGGGUACAGAAGGAGUUAUCGGAGUGGAUGAAUUGGCUCAAGUCUAAGAUUGGGUUUGACGGUUGGAGAUUCGACUUUGUCAGGGGAUAUGCAGCUAGCAUUACCAAGAUUUACAUGGAGAGUACUUCGCCGGAGUUCGCCGUCGGAGAGUUCUGGAAUUCCAUGGCUUAUGGUUCGGACGGAAAACCGGAUUACAACCAGGAUAAUCACAGGAAUGAGUUAUCUCAGUGGGUGCAAAAUGGUGGCGGCGCUGUUACUGCAUUUGAUUUUACGACCAAAGGAAUUCUUCAGGCUGCUGUGCUAGAUGAGCUCUGGAGAUUGAAGGAUCCCAAGGGAAAGCCUCCGGGAUUGAUCGGAAUAUCACCAAAAAAUGCCGUCACUUUUAUAGAUAACCAUGACACCGGUUCAACGCAAAGCAUGUGGCCUUUUCCCAAGGAUAAAGUUAUUCAGGGUUAUGCUUACAUCCUCACCCACCCCGGAGUGCCAUGUGUGUUUUAUGAUCAUUUCUUUGAUUGGGGACUGAAGGAUGAGAUUUCAAAAUUGACCUCAAUCAGGAGUAGAAAUGGGAUUAGUGAAACAAGCAAUGUGGAGAUUUUAGCUGCAGAUGCAGAUGCUUAUGUUGCAAAGAUUGAUGACAAAGUUAUAAUGAAGAUUGGGUCAAAGUACGAUGUUGGAAACCUCAUUCCACCUAAUUUCAAUUUGGUAACAUCUGGACAAGACUAUGCUGUGUGGGAGAAAAAGAUAUAAAUUUAACUUCAUGGAUCAUAAUCAACUCAAAUAAAUAUGCAUCAAUGUAGCCUUUUAAUUAAUGUCCAUAGUACAAAAAUAUGAUCUAUCACAUUUGAAGCAAAUCUAUUGGAAUAGAUCAUACAUAAUACAAAUAUGAUUUUUGUAUUAAAAAUUGAUGAGUUGGAUUCUUAAACUUUGUAAAAUGUGAGGAUUGAGGAACAACUGACUCUGAAAUUGAUUAUGUACCUACUAGGUUAUGUUCUUAAAAUAGAGCUCAAAUUAUGUCCUCUUCAAUAUUUUCCCAAUAAAAGAAAACUCGUCAUUGAGAUA